UUUCCCCAAUAAAUUCACUGUUCUGAUUGGAAUCUUAAGCGAGAACUAGGGCUCUCUCAGCCUUGAUCCAAGUCUAAACCAGAACUACCAAUGGCAUGCCUCUCCUCACCUUCCUGGAGCCCCUCAUGUCCUCCUCUCCGCCGCAGUGCUUUCAUACUCACUACAAAUUCGUUACCAACCCUGUCUAUCGCUUUCUCCAGAAGUCAUCGUGGGCAGCUAGCCUUAGCAGCAGGGUCGAAGAGGUAUUGGGGGACGGCGAUGAGAGAACUGAAUCUUGCGAAGAUGGUUGAGAGGAAGGUGGCUGAUGCAAUGGAGGUUUGUAAUGGGGAGGAUGGCAUGAGAUCGGACGGCUGCCGUGUGGCUUGGGAUGAGGUGGAGGAAGUGAGUAGUGCGCUGGCCGAUCUCCGCCGCCGACUUGCUGAUUCUCCUGUCGAUCCUCUGGAGCCCCUUUGCCUGCAAAAACCCAACAGAGGAAUGCCGCAUCUACGAAGAUUGAUGGAGGAUAGAAGCAGAUUCGCUUCUCAGACGCUGCGGUAGCCCUGUAAAGUAAUUGACAGAUUUUUUUCCUUCCUUCCGUUAAUUUUCGUCUACCUCGUUUGAGUUUUUUUGUGGAAAUAUUGAUUGAAAUGUGCGAGAUUUGCGUUGAUAAGCUAUGUCGAACGGGCAAAUAUGGUUUUGCAUGCUAUAUUAAGGAAGAAAUUUCACUAUUUUGUUUCCUUUUUUAUAACUCUUAAAAGAUGAUAACUGUCUGGAGCAACUGAAUGUUCUGUUGAUAUAUUACUGGAGACAUCAAAUGGAUUUGCAACACUGCAGUAUUAGUGAUCAAAUAUGAGGAAGAAACAAAUUUGUUUAUAGCUAAUUAUGCGAGCAUGAUAUAUUAUUUCAUGCGUGCGGUGAACAUAACACAUCACGAGUAAAUUGGAUUAUCUCACAUGGAUUAUUGUCUCAUGUAAAUAAAACUGAAACCAUAACAUAAACAAUAGUAAAUCAUGUAUUGAACACUCAAAUUUUGGUCAGAAAUUUCUUCUAUGAACUAUUUGUGCAUAGAUACACUGCUGAUACCCAAUCAUAAAGAACAUCACAAUGAAUCAAGAUUUCCAAAUAUAAAAAAAUAAAAAAA